AUGAUUCCAAAACAUUAUUGUAAUUUAGUUUAUCGUGCAGAAAACAUUGAAAAUAGCAUUAAGAAAUGUUGGGAAAUUGAAGAAAUUGAUAAUACCCGAAUUUUGAGUGAUGAAGAAGCAUUUUGCGAAAGUCACUUUCAAAAUAAUCAUAAAAGAACAGAAAACGGUCGUUACAUGGUCAAAAUGCCUAUUCGUGAGGAAGCGCUGGAAACUAUCGGUGAAUCUCGUUAUUUAGCUCGGAAACGCUUGAAUCAGACCGUGAGAAGAUUGAACACCAAUCCUGAAAUGAAGAAACUUUAUUGUGAAUUCAUAAAUGAAUACGAAAAUUUGAAUCACAUGGAAAAAGUUGUAGAGGAUGUUUCACCUUCUUUAUCAUAUUACAUGCCACAUCAUGGCAUUUUUCGCCCCAAAAAAACUUCGACAAAACUAAGAGUCGUAUUUAAUGCCUCUACGCCUACAUCGGCAGGACAAAGCUUAAAUGACAUAUUGUUAACCGGAGAAGCGAGAGAAAACGUUUUUGAUUUAAUUGUUCGAUUUCAAAAACACAAGAUUGCCUUAACAGCUGAUAUUAGGAAGAUGUUUCGUCAAAUAUUAAUCUAUCCGUCUCAAAGAGAUUUAUUGAGAAUUUUGUGGAAAAUUAAGAAGACGAGGUGCCUACAGUAUUCAGAAUGA